CAGGUGGUGCUGAGGCUGCUGGUCCUGGAACCACACUUCAAGACUACUCAGCUAGCAUUUUCAUGCACGAGGAGCUCCCGAGGACCUCAACAAAGGACCUCAACAAGCCACCUCCCAAGCGAGACCGUCCUGGAGCGAGGGGAUGGGCAGGGAACCUGCAUGACGACCGGAGGCGGCUUCUUUUCAAAAUUUUUCUGCCUGGGAACAGAAGAAAGGAAGCGCUCCCUCCUGAGGAUGGGAGGAGGGAGUUUAAACGGCAGGAGCUACUGGAGUUUAGCUGGGAGUCGACGGGAGGAAUUUUGGAGGGAAGAGGAAAAGAAACAAGCGAGAGAGGUGUUUGGUGACACAGAGCAGGUGCGUAUGACCUCGGAGGGCUCUGACUGCCGCUGUAAGUGCAUCAUGCGGCCGCUGAGCAAGGAUGCUUGCAGCCGCGUGCGCAGUGGACAGGCCCGGGUAGAAGAUUACUACACUGUGGAGACAGUGAGCUCCGGAACUGACUGCCGCUGCUCCUGCACAGCACCACCCUCCUCGCUCAAUCCCUGUGAGAACGAGUGGAAGAUGGAGAAGCUCAAGAAGCAGGCACCGGAGCUCCUCAAGCUACAGUCCAUGGUGGAUCUCCUGGAAGGUACCUUAUACAGCAUGGACCUGAUGAAAGUGCAUGCCUAUGUCCACAAGGUGGCCUCCCAGAUGAACACCCUGGAAGAGAGCGUCAAGGUGAACCUGAGCCGGGAGAAUGAGGUAGUGAAGGAGAGCAUGCGCCACCUGAGUGAGCAGCUGAAGCGCUAUGAGAAUCACUCUGCCAUCAUGAUGGGCAUCAAGAAGGAGCUCUCCAGCCUGGGCCUCCAGCUGCUGCAGAAGGACGCAACCUCUGUCUCAGCCGCUGCCCCAGCCCCCGGCCCUGCUAGCAAGGCUCAGGACACAGCUGGAGGGAAGGGCAAAGACAAUACCAAAUACAGCAACAUGCAGAAGAGCUUUGUUGACCGAGGUCUCACCAAACCUAAGGAGAAGCUGCUAAAGGCAGAGAAGCCAAGGAAGGAAGGUGGCAAGGGCAGAUUCCCCCUGCCCACAGCCAAGCCCCGGACCCUGGCCCAGCAGCAGGCCGUGAUCCGAGGCAUCACCUACUACAAGGCAGGCAGGAAGGAGGUGUCCGAGGCUGUGGCCGGUCCUCUCUCUACAGAUAACGCCCUCAAGAGCACUUCCUGGCUGGAACAGAUGCCGCCCAGGUUGGAGGGCAGGCCACCAGAGCUCAACUCAGCAGAACAUGAUGAGGCUGGGCCCAGGGCCUCAGAAGGAGCAGACUUGACCUCUGACACUCCCAGUUCAGAUCCGGCCACCACCCCCACCCUGACUCCCACCACCCAGCCCCAGCCCACCAAGCCACCUUCACACCCAGAUGUCCCAAGCCAAGGCAGAGAGAUGAGCUGUGAGGGCACCUUGCGGGCCGUGGACCCCCCUGUGAGGCAUCACAGCUAUGGACGCCAUGAAGGAGCCUGGAUGAAGGACCCCUCCGCGAAGGAUGACAGGAUCUAUGUCACCAACUACUACUAUGGGAACAGCUUGGUGGAGUUCCGCAACCUGGAGAACUUCAAGCAAGGCCGUUGGAGUAACAUGUACAAGCUGCCCUACAACUGGAUCGGCACGGGCCAUGUGGUGUACCAGGGUGCCUUCUACUACAACCGUGCCUUCACCAAGAACAUCAUCAAGUAUGACCUGAGGCAGCGAUUCGUCGCUUCCUGGGCACUGCUGCCCGACGUGGUAUAUGAAGACACCACUCCCUGGAAGUGGCGUGGCCACUCAGACAUCGACUUCGCCGUGGACGAGAGUGGCCUGUGGGUCAUCUACCCUGCUGUGGAUGACCGCGAUGAGGCCCAGCCCGAGGUGAUCGUGCUGAGCCGCCUGGACCCCAGCGACCUCUCCAUGCACCGGGAGACCACAUGGAAGACACGGCUGCGGCGGAACUCCUACGGGAACUGCUUCCUGGUGUGCGGCAUCCUGUAUGCCGUUGACACGUACAACCAGAAGGAGGGCCAGGUGGCCUAUGCCUUCGACACGCACACAGGCACCGACGCCCGCCCGCAGCUGCCCUUCCUCAACGAGCACGCCUACACCACCCAGAUCGACUACAAUCCCAAGGAGCGGGUAUUAUACGCCUGGGACAACGGCCACCAGCUCACCUACACCCUCCACUUCGUGGUCUGAGCCCAGACCUGUGCUCACAGGAGAGGAGUGGCAGGGGAUAUGGGGGCUCCUCCACAGCAACUCCUGCAAGGGGCUCCAUCAGCAAAAUUUAUUGGAGUCUAGCCCCGGGGCAGGUGCUAGACAUGUGGUGCAGCCAGGAUAAAGCUUCCUUGGCACCAGGUGGAUUAAUAAUCCCUUCCACUUGCAGAGCACUAUGCCAAGAGCUUCACAUGCACAAACCCAUUCAAUCCUCCCAGUAGCACCCUCAGAGAUAAGAGAUAUUUAAGCCCACUUAACAGAUGAGGACACUGAGGCUCAGAGAGACCUAUCUCUUGCCUAAGUAGCCUCAGCUUGGAUCAGGCAAGCCAGGCUGUCACAAUAGCCCUAUUUUACAGAUGAGGAGACCUGACCGUGCUCCCCUACACCUCCAGGCCUCUCCCCACUCUUCUAGUUUCUCUUGUACUCUCAACUCUCACUCAAAAGCAGAGGCCUCUGGGACCUAUGCACUCGUGCUGUUGGAGGCUCCACGCUGUGUACCACCCCAGGCCCCCGCUCUAGCUGACAUGCUGGUGGCCCUGGGCUUCAGGCUCCCUGGCUAAUGUUCCUGCUCCUUGCCUUUGGUCACCCCACCACCACCACCCACCUCACCCUCUGUCCAACCACAUUCCAAACCUCCGUGGUCACCCAGCAACUGAGCAUAAACCACACCCCGAGGAAAAAUACUGGCCCCUGUUCCAAGGUCCCCUCCCUCAGCAUUUAUGUUUACUUUCUCCUAUUGCUCCUCAGUGCUGUCAUUUGUUUCUACAGCAGCAGCUGAGGAGGACGCAGGCAGCUGCCUGCCAGGCCCAACUUUACCAGGGUGAGGACCUGGGCCAGGUCCCUCUCCCCCCAGAAGUGCUGGCUUUGGCCCCACAUACCCGGGCCCUGGGACCUCUCCUCAGCUCCUCCCAGAGCCUUUGGGCCUGGGCUCCAUGUUGUUCUUUCUCUCUGGACCUUUGAACCCACAACCUACCUGCCACUCAGGGAUACCUCCAGGUCUUCCAUGAGCAAGACCCUGCACCCAGGGCUGGGGUGGUGCCAAGAUGAAACAGAUUCCUUCUUUGUCAGUCCUGACCCGGUCAUUUGUUGGAAUGGCCUAGCAGUUUUUGGCGUGGUUAGGGGUCCUGGAGGAGGCGGAGAUCUAAGCAGUUGGGUCCAGAAGAGGCAUUGGACCUUAUGAUUGCAGGGAAGUGCUUGAGGGUGGAAGCUAGAAAGGAAGGGGAAGGAGGUCUGUGGACUGGGCUUUUCUAGGCUUCAGAGUUGUUGGUGCCAGGCUGCCCUGAGCCCAGGCCUUGGGGCUGAGGAGGCACAGGUGGACCAUCUGUUACCUGUGCUGCUGGUGGCUCCCCUGAGCCUCAGACCCAGACAGUCCACAGGACAAGCCUUUAAGCUUGCACCUCAUCUGCUUUGGAUAGUAGUAUUUUUAGAGCUAGGAAGAAGUUCACCAGUCCAACUCCCUGUUUCAGCAAAGGAAAAAGAGGCCCAGAGAGCUUUAGAGAGUGGCUUGGGCCACACUGAGCAACAGGACACAGCUGAUCUUCCAGAAGGGCUUUGUCUAUAGCCUUCAUUCUUCCUUCGAGGCAGCUCUGCCUGGGAAGGCCACAGACUACCAAGCGCGCAAUCCAUCCCAACACCUUUGAGAGUACUUACUGCUGAUCCCGACACCACCCUCUGUCCCUACUCCCCUCAUUCUGUCCCCAUGCCAGCUCACGCACAUUUGUGUAUUUGAACACCCAGCUGCCAUGUUAGAAAAUUCAGCUGCAAACCUAAGAGUGGAAGGAAAUGCAUUUUGUGCAGAAGACAUUUCUUUCAAGCAUUGUCAGGUGAUGUUUUGUUUAAGCUGUAACUCACCCCUGAAAUAAAGAGGAAUGAUGAUAGCCGGCCAAGCAAGGCCUGACUCACAGUGGUGGACACAUCCAGCCUCCCCCACCCAGCCAUCAGCGGGCUCCACUGAACAGUCUCUUCAGGGGGCUGCGUUUCCCUUGGCCCUGGGUGUGGGUUUUACAAGACUGUCUUUCAUGAUAUCACAGCCUAACCAUGCAAGAAAUGUUCAGACUCCUCUUGCUCAUUAGUUUGAGAAAAAGGAAAGAAAGGACGAGAUUUGUGAAAAUUAAAGGGCAAGCAAACUUGUUUUCUGGGGAAGAUGAUGCUAGCUGCAGCCUCCAAGCAUUCACUAAGCCCCUUCUGUUUUUCAAGCCUUAGUAUGUGGGUUAUGUGGUAGAUAGUUCUUUUGCUCACUUUAUAGAUAGUCAAACAAGCCCAGACAUGGGUCACUUGUCAUGUAAGCAGUUGAGUGGAGAGCUGGGUCUCAAAAUCAGGUCAUCUAAUCAUCACCACUGACUGAGCAUCAGGUGUGCCAAGCAUGCCAGGUGCAUAUUCUUGCAUCAUCACAACAGGGAAAGUAUAUACUUGGAAUGUGCCCACUUUAUAGACGAAGAAACUGAGGUAAAGGGACUUACCCAAGGUCACACAGCACCUUAGUCUGUGGCAGAUAUGGGUUUCAGAGCUGGUCAGUACGUGUUGUUUGCCAACUGCAUGGCACUCCAGGAGCAGCUCCAGAAGUGGUGGCUUUUAUUCACUGUGACCCCCCACAAACUGCAUCCACAGAGGAGACCCAAGAAAGAGGUUGGAGUCAGCUUGUAAAGAGCCCUGAAUGUCAAACCAAGGACUGCCUCCAAUCACAUUUAGAACAAAGUCAAGUAUAAAUUAACAGAGAAAAGAAAAUUCUAAGACUAUUGGAAUUUAUUCCAUUGCUGAUGGGAGGCAGGGACAGGUUUUUGUCAUGGACUUUAUUAUAUUUGGCAACAAGUACUUCAAAUAAGAAAGGACCAGGACUGGGGAGCCCCAGUGUUUCUUACUGACCUUGGAUGUGAAGGCAAAGGAAGCUGUCUCCGGUGUUCUGAACACAUGAAGGGGCUUUGGCUACCACCUUGGAUUCCCCCGUAGAGAUUUCUAGGCCUGAAUAUUUAAUUUGCUCUGUCUGUGGAGGAGAGAAGGGAGCCUCUGUCUUGUGGGCAGCGCUAAAAGUGAGGCUGGGGUUUCCCUGGGAGUAAUUUGAGUGUUCCUGAAAACCUAUGUUCCAAAGCAUCAUUUUUCUUCUUGACAGCAUUGGAAACCACUCUGGUGACAGGAGGACACAGCACUGAUGGUUGACAGGGAGCCUGGGCAGGAGUCAGAGAGGCCUAGGUUGGGAUCACUCUGCCUCUUAUGUGCUGCAUGCUUGGGCAGGGUAGAAACUGAGAGAGGGGACAGAUGUCAACUCCCUUUUAUGACUGAAGACCUGCAGCUUAGCAAAGACUUGGACCAGCUGAGGACCCAAGCAGCACCAUCCUAGAGCUAGAAGGCACUUUUACACACAUUGUUACUGACGCACCCAGGAACCCCCAAAGUUGGCCUCACUUUUCCUCCCUUCACCCCCCCAUUGCCCCCAGGUGAUGAACCGCAAGUUCAGAGAAGUUAAGCAACCUGCUCAGGGUCAUGAAUCUAACAAGUAGUAGAGUCAAGAUUUGAACCAGGUCUGUUUCUACACCAAGGCCCCAAACUACCUGUUGUUAGUACUCUUCUAACAAGUCGUGUUUCCUCUUUUGCUUUGGCUGCUGGGAAUCUCAAAGUCAAAUUUGAGAUUACUUUUUAACAAUUAUACUGAGUCACCGAGUGGGCUCUGACUUCAUUCCAGCUUUCUGCUUUAGCCUUGACCCUGAUCUGUUUAUUUUUACUCUAUUGUAUUAUACCUAUAUUUGUAAGUUGCCACAAUACCUUUUUUUUUUUUUGCAACAAUGUGGUAUAUACCUAAAUAAAUACAUGAUC